CAAAAAACCGCGCAGACCCAUCUCUCUCUCUCUCCAUAGUCCAUAGUACACACUCUCGCCCCAUGAGAUACCCAAAUUCCUGUGGAAAAUGGUGCUAAUAAUAAAAAUCAUACCCACAGCCCACAGUAGUUAAACAAUAUAUCCUUUGAAGAUUUGAAGAGGGUUUGGAAAGGAAAAGGCUUUCCCAAUAUGGAAACAGAGACAACAAAAACCCUAGAACCACCUCACUCUCAGGUUGCCCCGUGUACUAAUGGAGAGGAAUCUGGAUAUGGGUCUGAACUAGGGUUAGUUGUUGGAGCUCGUGAAAAUGAGGCUAGGGUUUCUGUUGGAGAUGCCAAAGUGACAGAUGAGGUAGAGGAUAAGGCUCAAUGUGGAGCUGAACAGGAUGGGAUUUUGAGUUCUGAGGAGGUUCAUGGCUUGUUGGAUAGUGGGGAGGAAAAGGGGGGAAAUUUAGGGCAUGAAGAUAAUAAAGGGUCAGUGGCUGAAAAUGGGGGAGACCCAGAUGAGAAAUCUAUGGAAAUUCCUGGUUUUGAGUCUGAGAUGUGUGGAAAUGGGGAUGUGACGAGGGAGGGAGAGAGAAAGUAUGAGGUGAAUGGUGAUGGUAACGAGAACGAGGAGGAUGGGGAAGAGUAUGAGGAUGAGGAUGUGGCCCGUGUGGGUGAUGAAGAACUUGGGUUAGGUGUUGGAGCUCAUGAAAAUGGGGCUAGGAUUUUUGUUGGAGAUGCUGAAGUGACAGAUGAGCCAGAGGAUAAGCCUCAAUAUGGAGCUGAACACAAUGGGAUUUCGCUUAUCGUGGAGGUUCAUGGCUCGUUGGAUAGUGGGAAGGAAAAUGGGAAAAAUGGUGGGCAUGGAGAUAACAACGGGUCAAUGGCUGGAAAUGGGGGAGACCCAGAUGAGAAAUCUAUGGAAAUUCCAGUUUUUGAGUCUAAGAUGGGCGACAACAGGGAUGCGGCAGGUGAGGGAGAGAGGAAGUACGAGGUGAAUGCUAUUGGAAACGAGAACGAGGAGGAUGAGGACGCAGUUGAUGAAGAGCUUGAGUAUUUUGUAGGUGACUUUGUGUGGGGGAAAAUUAGGGGUCACCCUUGGUGGCCUGGACAAAUUUACGAUCCUUCGGAUGCAUCGGAGUAUGCAAGAAAGUAUGACCAGAGGGAGCGGCUGCUUGUUGGAUACUUUGGAGAUGGCUCAUUCUCUUGGUGCACCCCAUCCCAAUUGAAACCAUUUGCGGAGGGUUUCGAAGAAAUGUCAAAGCAGAGUGAUUCCAAGAGCUUUGUGAAUGCUUUGCAGAAAGCUCUUGAUGAGAUUGGUAGGCUUGUGGAACUGAAAAUGACUUGCUCGUGUAUACCGGAGGAAAAUCGGGUUGGGCUUGCUAGACCAUUAGCAAAGAAUGCUGGAAUCAAGCAAGGGGUUCUUGUACCUGAGUAUGAUAUGAGUAUACUAUCAGUUCCUCAGCUUGGACCUGUAGAACUGUAUGAAACCCUGAGGUGUAUAGCAGAAGUUGGUUCUAGCACCAGUUUGCUUGAUCUCACAGUGUUAAGGAGUUAUUUGUCAGCAUUUUAUCGAGCAAAAGGAGGGCAAAAACUGGCUGUGUACCAAGAACCCCAGUUUAUGGAAGAGCUGGAAGACGAAAAUAGGGAACAGGAUACUGAUUUUAGUGGUCCAUCGAAAGAGGAUUCGUUUUCUUCCCCGGGCCGAAAUGGGUUUGACCGAAUGAAUCAACCAUUGUUGCAGAAGUGUAGAGUGUUAUCAGAGGAUAAUCUCCUCCAUAAAAGGAAGAGGAGAAGCGUAGCAAAACUCAUGAAAGAACACAAGGUCAUUGAGGUCAACAGUAAGAAGAAAAGGAAGGGCAGUGAAGAACAGGAAAAUCAGGGUGGCAGUGAUUUCCGUUCUCCCUCGGGGGAAAAGAUGGGGAGUAGGAAGGUGGUAGAGCUUUUAGGGUCUCCUAAAUCUAUGGAGAACAGUGUCUUGAUGGCUAAAAACGAGGGUAGUGGGGGUAAAGAAGAAGAAACUAAGCAUGACAAAGAAUCUAGUUCAAAGAAUGAUGACAGUGAUGCCAAAGAAGAAACUGAGAAUGUGUCUUUAUCAAGGAAAAGGAAAAUAAGCAAAUAUUUAUCCCCUCCCUUCACAAGCCUGCAUUCGAUAGCUCGAUACUCCUGCUUCAAGACUAAGAGGGACUCUGAAGCAGAAUCCCUGAAAAUUGCGAGUUUUACAACCAAGGCGGCUGAUCAACUUCCUGUUUUGAUGUUUGAUGACGCGGGCGACGCAUCUGAUUACCCAAGUCCUCAGCCACCAAAAGAGGGUCAGAAGAAGAUUAUUGACACAAUGGAAAUCAAUGCAUCUACAGAGGAAGUGGUAUCCGAAGUGAAAUCCGCGGCUCUGAAUCCUGUAUGUUUGAGGGACAAAAAUGUGGUUGAUAUGAUGGGGGGAUUCAUUUCUGCAUUUAGAAGUGCGAUAUAUUUGGAUGGUUUGAACUACAAAAUGUACCAGAAUCUUCGACCUGGUAGAAAGAGGAAGCAUUUGAAUUCUGGGGCUUCUAAUGUUGAUGAAGCGUCCCGACUUCUCUUCAUAAAGCAGAAACUUGAGAUGAUGACACAAAUGCUGGAAAAUUGUGAUGGAAAUAAGUUGGCUGAGAUGAAGUCCAACUUAGAGGGAGAGAUGAAAGGGCUGUUGGAGAAGGUGAGCUCAAUGGCCGAGUCCAUUCUCUCGUGAAGGGAGUGGUGGAAGAGAAGAUGUUUAUUUUCGUUUUGGUAAUCCUGAACCGAACCCACCAACUGCAACCUAACGUUGUGUGCUCACACCACAAACCAGAAUCUUUUCUGCAGUUAUUUCGCACUAGAUUUCGCUUGAAAUAUCCUAACAUGUUUCCGUUUCAAGGUGCUGCCAUUGCUUCUUGUCUUUGUGUAAUCUUUGGUCUCUGAUUCUAAUUGCUUUUAAAGAUGCCUCUACGAAUGUAGGAGAAGUUAAGAGUUUACCCCAUAGGCUAUCAAUUUGGCAUGGAUGGUUGCUUUCGUUUA